AUUGUUUGUGCAACUUGAAAAUGGAUCACUGCAGAAAAGAACAGAAAAAAACUAAUCCAAGAGAGACCGCCAAUAUAUUCUCUCUAGUUACUUUCGCAUAUAUCGGAAGUUUAUUCAAAAGAGCUUUUAAGCAAGACCUCAGUGAGGAUGAUAUCUAUGAAGUAUUAAAGCAACACCGUGCCAAAAAGUGUGGUGACCUGUUAGAACGAGAAUGGUUAAGUGAAAAAAGGCACACAAAGAAUCCGUCGGUUUCUAGCGUUAUGUGGAGGUGUUACGGAAAAAGAUAUUUGUUUAGGGGUUUCAUUGAUUUUGUUUUUAAUACCAUCAUGAGUAUUAUACGUCCAUAUGUGAUCAGCCAUUUCGUUGCAUACUUUGCUCCUGGGCAAAAAACUAUAACGAAGAAUGACGCCUAUUUUUAUGGAUGUGGCAUUUUGGUAAUCCACUUUGUGGCUUUAUUCUACAACCACAAUUACAUGAUAUGGAUUCAGAUGUUUGCCAUUGAGAUGAGAACUGGGUUUUCAUCCUUAUUAUAUAGGAAAGCUCUGAAACUUUCAUCAGCUGCUACAACCGACACAAAUCUGGGAAAUAUUGUUACUUUGAUUACCAGGGACGUCCAAGCGUUUGUGACCGUAAUUUUUAGUGUUAAUGACGCUUGGGUAUCUAUAACGCAAGUUUUGGUCAUUUGCUAUUUGCUGUUCAAUAAAGUUGGCGUCAUAUCAUUCGUAGGGAUUGGAAUUUUGCUAUCAGUUUUUCCCUUCCAAGUUUAUAUCAGUACAUGGAUAACCAAGUUAAGGUUGCAAGCGUGUAAAAAAUCUGACGAGAGGCUACAACUUAGCCAGGAAAUAUUGUCUACAAUAAGAAUAAUAAAAAUGUACACCUGGGAAAUGUUCUUCACAAAAAAAGUUACUAAAGCAAGAAAAGAGGAAAUGAAGAAAUUAAAUCUGGGAUUCUACUGCAAAAGAGUUAUUAUAAUUACAGGAGUGAUGUUUUUAAAUUUUGGCUUUUACAUGCUAAUAAUGGCUUGCAUAUGGGCAGGCGUAUCUACGGACACCACUAUAAUAUUUUAUAUUUUAUCCAACUUCCGAGAUCUCAGACAUUUUUUAGCUAUUGUGAUGCCCCUUGGUAUGGGAAACGUCAGUGAGUUUGUAUCUUCUUACAAGAGAUUAGUCAAGGCUUUGAAAUCUGAAGAGCUCGUCGAGGAAAUCACACCAGAGUCUAAAUCACCACCAUUUAUUAAACUAAAAGAAGCUACUAUUAAAAUGAAAGACCAAGACAUUUUAAAAGGUGUUUCUUUCCAAAUAUCUCCUGGUCUAACCGUGAUAACAGGUCCCAUUGGAUGUGGUAAAAGUACAGUAUUUAAAACUAUUUUAAAGGAUAUACCAUUAGACAGUGGAUCAGUAGUCACACAGGGUAGGAUUUCGUAUGCGUCACAAGAUCCGUGGUUGUUUCCUUCGACAAUAAGGCAGAAUAUACUUUUUGGAGAACCCUAUCAAGCCAGAAGAUAUAAUGAAGUUAUAACAGCCUGUGCCCUAACAUUUGAUUUAAGUCUUUUCGAAAAUGGAGACGAAACUAUAAUAACCGACAGAGGACUUAAUCUAAGUAAAGGUCAGCAAGCAAGAAUCAAUCUAGCCAGGGCUAUCUACAGAUCUAGUGAUAUCUAUCUUUUGGAUGACUGCCUUACUGCAUUGGAUGCAUCAGUUCAAGUUUAUAUAUUUAAUGAGUGCAUUAAGAAGUUUUUAAAAAACAAAUCAUGUGUUUUGGUUAGUCAAAAUCCUAGUCACAUACAACAAGCUGAUAAUGUCAUAAUAUUGGAGGAUGGUACAGUAAAAGAUGUAGGUAAACCAAGUGAGAAGAUUAUUAAAGAAGCCAAAGAAGUGAUAGAUCACGUUGCAGACUUACAAAAACAACAAUUUAAAGAAGAGAAAUCUGCAGAUAUCAGUAACGAAGUAACAGAGGAUAUAGAAUUGCUUCAAAAUGAAGAAAAGUCGACGAAAAAGAUCUAUAGUGAAGUAAAGAAACAAGGAUCUGUGGAUUGGAGAGUUUACAAACAGUAUUUUAUAUAUGGAGGAGGAUUUAUCUUCGUUCUAUUUAAUGUUUUUAUGAGAGGAUCCACACAGUUUGCAGUAAGUUAUGCAGAAAGACUACUAACCAAGUGGGUAGACAAAAAGCAAAUUGUGCUAAACAUCGAGAAAAAUAUUUCGACCAAUCCUCUUUCUAAUGAUACCUUAUUUCCCUCAUUGUCAUUGGCUCAAUCCAUCGAACAAGAUACUUUUAGAUUGUACUCGGUGUUUGUUGUAUUAGGUACAGGGAUGGAAUUGUUCACCACUUACGCUUUAUUGGAGUUUUGCAGAAGGGCGUCUGUUAACUUACACAAGGCCAUGAUCAAGAAGAUUAUCAACUCAGUGAUGAUGUUUUUCGAUACACAUUUAAUAGGAAAUAUAUUAAACAGAUUAUCCCAAGAUAUGCUGAAUGUUGAUGAGUACCUUUCUGCCGUUUUGGAUCAAUGUGUUAGGACUAUAUUUAACGUCGGUGGAAUAGUUUUCUUGGUUACAUUAGUUAACCCUUCUGGUGCUGUCAUCAUCGCUUUGAUUUUUGCGUUAGCUUUUCUAAUGAGAAAAGUGUACUUACCUGCAGGAAGGAGCUUAAAACGUCUUGAGGCAGCAAGUCGAAGUCCUAUGAUUGGCCACCUCAACGCGACCUUAGAAGGAGUCACCACUGUGAGAGCUUCGAAAGCGCAAGAAAUUUUAAUAGAAGAAUAUAAUAGACACUUGGACUUAUACACUUCGGCAAAUUUUACAUCCAUGUGUUCUGCUAGGGCUUUUGGAUUUUUUAUUGAUUUAAUAUGUUCAUUAUUUAUCGUUUUCGUAGUGAUCAAGUUUUUGUUCUUUAACAUAGAUAAUACAGCUGGUGAUAUUGGCCUUACUAUCACUCAAGUCUCUGCUCUUUCCAUAAGUAUAACCUGGUGCGUACGGAUGUUUACUGAGCUGGAAAAUAAUAUGACGUCCUUGGAAAGAAUCCUGGAAUACACUAAUAUAAGAACGGAGAAUAAGGAAGGAGCUGAAAUCAAUAACUGGCCUUCACUUGGAAGCAUAUUGUAUCAAAACGUGUACCUGUCGUAUGAAGGCAAUACCCAUUAUGUUUUAAAAAACUUAAAUUUUGAAAUUAAACCUACAGAGAAGAUUGGCAUAGUAGGAAGGACUGGUGCAGGGAAAUCUUCAAUAAUAUCUACUCUCUUUAGGCUUUAUGACGUUCAAGGAAAGAUCCUUAUUGACGGAGUUGAUAUAAAAACUUUGUCUCUAGAUUUCUUAAGGAAACAUAUUGUUGUCAUCCCUCAAGAUCCCACGAUAUUCUCGGGGACAAUUCGAUCAAAUCUUGAUCCUUUGUGCGAAUUUAAAGACAAAGACCUCUGGAACGCUUUACAAACAGUCGGAAUCAACGAUUUAAUCACAAACUUGGAACAACCAACGAAUAGUAACUUACUAAGUUUUAGUUCUGGUCAAAAACAACUCCUCUGUCUAGCUAGAGCUUUGCUUCGAAAAAACAAGAUUGUUGUUAUGGAUGAAGCCACCGCCAACAUGGACCACGACACUGAUAAACUUUUACACAAAAUUAUUAAGGAAAACUUUUUUGAUUGCACAGUAUUAACCAUAGCUCACAGAUUACAUUCUGUGCUUAGCUGCGAUAAAGUGAUGGUGUUGGAUAGAGGGGAGAUAAAAGAGUUUGGAGAACCGACGACGCUGCUCGAAAAUAAAGAGGGAAUUUUUUAUAGUAUGGUGCAGCAAAAUAAAUUGAAUGACGUUUUGGUGGAAUAGUUAAAUUCAUUUAAGAUUCCCUUUAUUAAUUAGUUUUAAUAACAAUUUCAGUAUCUUUUUAUUUGGUAAAUAUUAUUUCAUCAAUUUUACAACGAUUUAUUAAAGAAAUCGUAAUAAUAAACCAACAUUUUUCUAAACUUUACAUUCUCUGAAUUUCUGUAAUGCUUAAUCAACUCUAAAGUUUUUUGAUACCGUGCAGAAGAAGUAAACUACAAGUUUUGCAUAAUUUG